AUGGUUGUCAGGUCGGCUUCAGGAACUCUGGGCGGGGUCCCCAUGAAGCAUGUUUCUCUUGUGACACUUAUAUUUCAAAACUCUGCCCUCAUCCUGGUUAUGCAUUACUCCAGGAUAAUGCCUCUGACUGGAGAGCAACGAUACCACGCAAGCACAAGCGUCUUCUUGAAUGAGGUCAUCAAGCUUGCUAUAAGCUUGACUAUGGCAUUAUACGAGAUGUCAGGCAACCUUCCUUCGAACACGACGAUCCCAGCAUUAUUCCGUACCUUGACGACCGCGAUCUUCACGAACGAGAGCUGGAAGCUUGCGAUACCGGCCGUGUUAUACACGAUACAAAACUCCCUUCAAUACAUCGCUGUCAGUAACCUGGACGCCGCGACGUUCCAGGUGACGUACCAGCUCAAGAUCCUGACGACGGCUAUCUUCAGUGUGUUGAUGCUGGGCAGAACACUUUCGGCGCGCAAGUGGCUAUCCUUGUUACUUCUCAUCAUCGGCGUCUCUAUUAUACAAGUACCGCAAGCGACUGCGCCAUCACCUCCACAAGCAUCGGGCGUGAAACCAUGGACCAAGACGCUGGAGCAGCUGCACGAUCUUGGUGAGAAUGUCGCAGGGCGGCUAGGGAAACGGUCUGGGUCAUACGAGGGCAUACACGCGGAUCGCGCAGCCCAGAUACCCCACAUGAACUACCGGGUCGGGCUUAUGGCUGUCCUGAUCUCCUGCGCGCUUUCAGGCUUGGCUGGAGUUACCUUUGAGAAGAUCUUGAAGGACUCAACGAGCGCCAAGCAGACGCCGCUCUGGGUCCGCAACUGCCAGCUCUGUUUCUGGUCGCUCUUUCCGUCGUUGUUCCUGGGCGUGAUAUGGAAGGAUGGGGAAAUCAUAGCGAAGACUGGAUUCUUCGUCGGCUACAACUGGGUGGUGUGGACGGCUAUCGGCCUUCAAGCAGCUGGUGGCAUUGUGGUCGCGCUCGUCAUCAACUAUGCCGAUAAUAUCGCCAAGAACUUUGCGACAUCGAUCUCCAUCUUGGUUAGUUGCAUUGCAAGCGUAUACUUCUUUGACUUCAGGGUGACGCGAUCAUUCUUCCUAGGCACAUGCGUCGUGCUGUUCGCGACCUAUCUUUACACAAAGCCUGAGCGGGGCUCGCAAUCGCUGCCAGUUAGGAUUGCCGACUUCGAGAAGACAACAGUGGAUCGCACCAUCGAUACUAACAAGCCGCGGAGGUCAUCAGUAUGCUUGAGCAUUCUGAGCUUUUCCCGCCACGCCUCUACUGUCAAAGAGCCUCUGAUCAAGCUACGCAUAGCAGUCAUGGACGACGACCGCUAUCCACAUGAUGGCUACGAGCAGCUUGGCGCUCCGCGCCACCCGUCGCAGUACGACAUGCUUCUGCCUCAGUUCAAGCAGCCUGGAAGAUCAGUCGCACCUCGGGAUCGCUAUCGCGCCACUCAAUAUGACGACCCCCAGUAUGACGUGGUUGAGGAUGAUAGCAUGUACGACCGAGGCCAGCAACUCGAUUCAUUCGAUGACAGAGUGCUUCGACAACCAUAUGCUGACUUUCAGCGGCAAGCUGCACAAGGCACAAAGAGGUUGUCACUUGCACCAGGCCCUUCCAAGUUCUACAGUCACGCGGCGCCUCCCCAAUCGCAGCCGUCUUACCAGGCUCGAGAUCAAGACAUGUACCAUGAAGAAGAGUACCAUCCGCGUCCUGAGCAGGCUAUGCGAGGUCAAAUGAGUCGCUUUGCCUACAAUGCCGCUCCGCUUCAAGAGUCCAGUUCCGACAUGCCGCUCGGCCCGUCUUCUAGUCCAGCACUCAGGGCAAGUCAGCGGCGUGCUGAGCAAGUCACUGAUUUUGGACCUCAACACGGCUCACAGCUUCCACCUUUCGAAGGCGAAGGCCAUACUGUUGCUGAAGAGUACGGACAACAACAUGGGCGCUCCCAUGUGAACGCUGCACUGCCCAGUUUUCGACCACAUGCUAGCCAGCAACGCGCAUCCGCCGCACAGCACAGAGGCGACCUCAGUCCUCCGCAUCAUCGACAAGCUCCCCCAGAGCUGCAGAAAUACCCAGAAGAUGUGCCGAGCGCUGCUCCCAUGUGCCAAGGUAUCCGCCUGGUCCCUGUCACUACCCUACCAGAUCGUCUUCGAACGGUGUUUCCUUACCCGACCUUUAACGCCGUACAGUCCAAGUGUUUCGAUCGAGUUUUUAGGACCGAUGACAACUUCGUGCUUGCAUCCCCUACUGGAAGUGGCAAGACCGUCAUUCUCGAGCUCGCUGUCUGUCGAGCUGUUGCCACCAACGCGACCGGCCAGUACAAAGUUGUUUAUCAAGCACCGACAAAGGCUUUGUGUGCAGAACGCCAACGUGACUGGGAAGCCAAGUUUAACAGGUUAGGCCUCAAAUGCGCCGAGUUGACCGGCGACAGCGACCUUGGGGAUCUACGCAACGUACAGAGCGCCAACAUCAUCAUAACAACACCCGAGAAGUGGGACAGCAUGACCAGGAAGUGGAAAGACCAUGAGAAACUGAUGAGACUCAUCCGCGUCUUUCUUAUCGAUGAGGUGCAUAUACUAAAGGAAGACCGUGGUGCCACGCUUGAGACGGUCGUUUCCCGGAUGAAAUCUAUCGGCACGGAUGUGCGCUUUGUGGCUUUAUCAGCGACAGUGCCCAACUUCCAUGACAUUGCGGCAUGGUUGGGAAAGAACUCGUCGGAACCAGAUAUCCCAGCCGCCAAUGAGAAGUUUGGUGAAGAGUUCCGCCCAGUCAAACUACGAAAGCACGUUCGUGGCUUUGCGUACAACUCCAGCAACGAGUUCGGCUUUGAAAAAGUGCUCGAUGCCAAGAUUCCUGAGGUCAUUGCUUCUCACUCCCAGCGUAAGCCUCUCAUGGUCUUUUGCGCAACCCGAAACUCCACAGUCAGUACAGCGAAGCUGAUAGCAAACUGGUGGGUCUCGGCAUCAGACCGAGAUCGCAUGUGGAAGCCUCCGUCUAAGCCACCCCUGCUGCUGAACAAGGAGCUUCGAGAUACCGUGUCUUCUGGUGUAGCCUUUCAUCACGCCGGACUUGAUCUCGAUGAUCGAACCAAGAUCGAAAAAGGUUUCAUCGCUGGCGAGAUCAGUGUCAUCUGCUGCACAUCCACGCUCGCGGUCGGAGUCAACCUACCCUGCCAUCUCGUCAUCAUCAAGAAUACCAUGGCCUGGGGUGCGGAAGGAAUGCAGGAGUACUCGGACCUGGAGAUGAUGCAGAUGCUGGGUCGCGCGGGACGACCUCAGUACGAUGACUCAGCUGUAGCAGUGAUUAUGACCAGGCAGGCGAAAGUCCGACGGUACGAAAUGCUGGUCACAGGCCAGGAUCUUAUAGAGAGCAAACUCCAUCUCAACCUGGUAGAUCACAUGAACGCCGAGAUUGGACUUGGAACUAUUAGCGACCUAGAGUCAGCUCGGAAAUGGCUAAGAGGUACAUUUCUUUACGUUCGACUCCAGCAGAAUCCCAGUUACUACAAAUUGGACGGCGCUCGAAGUGGUCAGAGCAUCGAGGAGCAAGUUGACGACAUAUGCUUCCGCGACAUCACACUCUUGCGCGAGACCAAUCUUGUGUCAGGGCAAGAGUACUUCCGAUGCACCGAGUUUGGCCAUGCUAUGGCACGGUACUACGUACAUUUCGAGACUAUGAAAGUCUUCAUGGAACUCGGGCUGCGGUCCACUCCCUCGGAGAUUCUCUCCGCCAUCGCUCAAGCUGUUGAGUACUCGACAAUACGCUUUCGUCAAGGCGAAAAGGCAUUCUACAAGCUGCUCAACAAGUCCGCUUCGAUACGCUGGGCUAUCCCUGUCAACCUUGAUCUACCAUCGCAGAAGGUAUCUCUCAUCGUACAAUCCGUUCUUGGGUCUGCCGAUAUCUCCUGGGAAGGCGAAGCCGGCAAACAUCGUUCUCAAUAUACGACGGAGACACAGAUCAUCUUCAAGAAUAUUGGCAGUCUGAUCCGAUGCAUUAUCGACUGUCAGAUUGCCUUAGGUGACUCCAUCAGUAUCCACAGUGCUCUCAUGCUCGAGAGAAGCUUAGGCGCCAGAAUCUGGGACGAUAGCCCGCUUCAAAUGAAGCAAAUUGGAAGCAUCGGCAACGUCGCUGUCAGGAAGCUCGUCAACGCUGGGCUGAAGUCCAUGGAGGAUCUUGAAGGUUGCGAGCCUUACCGGAUCGAAGCACUCGUGGGUCGAAAUCCACCUUUUGGGCUCGACGUGCUCGAAAAAGUGCGAUCGUUUCCGAAGCUUCGCGUCUCAUUAAAUGCUCAACCUUCAACCGCAAUCAAAACCCACGAUGGGGUCAAAAUCCAGAUCAAGGCAGACAUUGGCUUCAUCAACGAGCAGCCGCCUCAGCGCUUCAACAACAAACUCAUAUACGUGUGCCUUUUGGUGGACACUUCCGAUGGGCGCAAGGUGCAUUUUGCUCGCAUCAGUAUGCGUGCCGCCGCCGUGAAGCCCCAGGUCGCCGCCUCUAUGUUUCCAAACCCAAAGCGCUUGGAAGCAGAGCGGCCAACAUCGCAUCAGUCUAACAUGUCAAAGCGCCGCACGGAUACUGCAAGGCCGAUCAGAAAGGCGUCCGCCACCAGCGAUGACUAUGGAGAUGGUGAUGUGGAUGAUGAUGCUCUUGUCAACGCUUCCUUCCGUGAUCUGGACUUUGAUCACAUCGAGAAUUACGCCGAUCCUAUCGAUUCUAUUACGCGGAAGAAUACGGCGAAGAACAAAGUUACCAAGAACAAGGAUGACGGAAAGAGCAAACGCCUCGCACGACCGAUUGAUACUACUGCUGAACAAGACGAUGCAGAGCCAGUACAGCUAGCUAAUGGAAAGUGGGCUUGCAAUCAUCCGUGCAAAGAUCGAAGUGCAUGCAAGCACCAGUGUUGCAAGACUGGCAUGGAUAAACCAUCGAAGAAGAAAGCUGUCGCCAAACGCGUCCCAUCGUGCGAAGAUCGGCCUGAGCCGACGCAAAAACCACCGCUGCCGAAAGGCAAAGAGAAGCAAACAAAGCUGCAACUCACAGCUUCUAAGAGGAAGGCCUCUGCGCCGAUUGACGAGCUCGAUCUCACGCAGCAAGAAAAGAAGCAGAGAGCCGACUAUGGCACCAACGGACCUAGGGACUACCGUGGCCUGCACCAGCUGCACAAGACUAUCCAGGGUAAAGAGCUACCUUCCUCUCUUCAUUCCGUCAUGUACAAGAAGCCAGCCUAUUGUUACUCUCAAGGUGGUGAGCAUAGUCUUGACUUUAUGGGCGGCUCCGCUCCCGAGCGGCAUCCAACAUCAAGCGAUUACGGUGAUUUUCGAUUUGACGAGCCAUCAGUCGACUUCGGUCAUCCGCAGCAUCAGCCUGCGCAACAAGACUUAAUCGGUGACACACAAGAGCCGGAAGAUUACAUGGACUAUGAGCCUGCAGCUCCUGCAGCCUCUCACGAAUCCGACGCCUUUGACGAUGACGACUCCGUCCUUCGAGAGGCUUUCAUUGGGCUUGCAGAUUCUCAGAAUCUUCAGGAGAUCCGUGAAAGCGACACUAAUAUCAUGCAGCCGUUCGAAAACGUCAUCGACGAUGACUACAUGGGUUACGGAGAAGGUGACAAGCAGAUGGACUUUAGUUUGAUCAAUUCCCAAGAUCAUGUUCCGCGAAAGCCGGAGUUCAGUCAUCCCGAUUAUCCUCGCAAAACACAAAUCAAGACCUCUCGAUCGCCUUUCUUUGACAGCGAAGACAGUGCCGAACCCAAAAUUGCAAACACCAUACCCACAAAGGUAUUCACGUCGCCAGAUGUGCAACAACGGACGGCUACGCCACGCGAGCUGCAUACAGCCGGCGACCAGCAAGAUGCGUGUGUCGACGACGAGGUAGCAGGCAUGUUGAGCAUGUUCGGCGAUGAGCCGGCCGUUGUCUCACUGGUUGAGGAGAAGCCGGUACCCGAAGCUUUCAAGGACCUGGAGCCGUGGCUGUUCCAAGAGUUCGGCGACAUUGUGGAACUUAUUGAUGAAUAG